CACUGUUGGUUGCAGUUCAGGGCAGCAGACACACAGAGGUGGUGGGUGAAGUGAACACUGGGAGAGACACUGGUGGUAAAAACUGGAAUCAUCACUGAAAUUGGAGACUUGGAAAUCAAGAGCUAUGAGACGACAGGCCAUACUUUGCCUCUUGCUGCAGCUCAUUUUUGAGCUUUCCUCGUGCACGCGUCUCCGGGUGACACCUGGUUCUACUCUGGAGCUGCCCUGUCUCUCGUUUCAGUCCGACUUCGCUGCAGAAGAAAUCAGCUGGAAAUUCAAUGGCGAAGAUUUAAGUGUUGGUAUUCAGUCACAUGGCUCGGUCAGUAUUAAACAGAAUGGGCUGGUCCUCUCCAUAUCCCCCGUAACUGCUGCCAACGAGGGCGGCUACGAGUGUUUGAUAAAGGAGAGCAACAUGGAGCUGGUAAGAGUGUACAACAUCACAGUUGAUGCACCUAUUGCAUAUGCCAUCAAAGUAACUGAAGGCACCAGCAUUCGCCUCCCGUGCUAUCUCCAACCUUCCACUCAAGCCGAGGCCAAUGCACUGUGGUUCAGAGUCACAGGUGCUGGUGGGAAAACACAGCUGAGUCUUGAAGAGGACUCCGCAGAGGAUUUUCAGAGAAUGGAACAGCUUUAUCCGAACGACCCCGAUCAGACCAUAAUCAUCAGAAAUGUCGGCAUGAAGGAUACUGGGACUUACCAGUGUGAAUCUACAGCGGGAGAGAAGCUCAGCACUGUGGAUAUCAUUGUUGUGUCUCCUCCCACCUCUCCUCCGUUCACGUGCUCCACCGACGCGUGGGAGCCCUGCCAGGACGAGAACAGCCGCACAGGGGGACCCAUGCUGCAGGAGUCUGUCACAGAGUUUUCCAUGAAGCUGUUUUCUUACUUAAGAGAAAUAUAUCCAAACACCAACUUGCUCUUCUCCCCUGUCAGCAUCGACGGGGCACUCUCCCAUUUGUUGCUAGGUGCGAGGGAUGACACUCGCAGAGCCAUUCAGCAGGCCCUCUGUGUGUCCCAUGACUUCUACUGUGUUCACUUCCAGAUGAAGAAGCUGAGGGAGAAGUUGUCCGACUCCUUACAGAUGGCCUCCCAGAUCUUCUAUAGCCCACAAAUGAACCUGAGUGAGUCCUUCAACAACCAGUCCAUUGAGUUCUAUGAGGCGAAGCCCAUGAAGCUGCUGGAAACCAACGAGCAAAAUACAGCCAUGAUCAACAGCUGGGUGGCAAACAAGACCAAGAGUAAAAUCACACAUUUGGUUGACUCCGUAUCACCCCUCACCCAGCUCAUCCUGCUGAACGCCGUCUCCUUUAACGGUCAGUGGAAGGUCAAGUUUAGGUCAAGAAAAGGCCUUUUCCAAAAGCUGGAUGGUGAUCUGGUGCCAGUGUCCUUGCUCUUUCAUUCGAAAUACCCCCUGAAAAUGGGGUAUGUUGCUGAGCUUAAGGCACAGGUGGCGAAGUUUGCGCUCACUGGCAAAAGCAGCCUUUACAUCAUCCUGCCUCGCACCUACAAACCGACCGACCUGCAACAGGUGGAGGACAAAAUGACAGACGUGGCUGUAUAUCAAAUGAUAGAGGAGAUGGAGAGAACAGAGGUUCAGCACGUAGAGGUCUCUCUGCCCAAAGUCAAGCUGGACGUACAGCCAGACAUGAACAUACUUCUUAAGAAAUUAGGACUGUCCUCUCUCUACGAGGGGGCCAACCUGUGCGGCCUCUACUCUGAGGACAGGCUGGUCCUGGAUGAAGCCAAGCACAGAGCCUACUUUGAACUCAACGAGCAAGGGGUUGAGGCCGGCGCCGCCACCAGUUUGUCGUUCUCUCGCUCCUUCCCUACCUUCUCUGCCAUGCGGCCUUUCAUCCUGCUGCUGUGGAGCGACCAGGCUAACGUGCCGCUGUUUGUUGGCAGAGUGACCGAACCGUGAGAGAAAUAGAAGGAGGCCGGAAAUCUAACAAAUGUGAAGGAGCGCUAUUGUUAACAUAGGCCGCUUCAUAUAACUGAAGUUAUUAUACAACUAAUUAUUACAGUCUACACUCUUCCUUUAUCAAAAAAUAAAUAAAUAAACAUGAAUAAAGUCAGAAUGAGUAUGUUGUAGUAGUUGCUAAAGAGAGCGGGUGACCUGAGUGUGGAGCUGACGAAUAAACACACGUACACUUCA